AAUACGUCAACAUGACUCAUGACUCACAACUUAUGUUGUAUGGCAAACCAAUCAAAACAAUUUUAAAUUUAAAUUUUACAUUCUGUUUUCUUUCAGUUUUCAUUUUGUUGUCAACAAAACAAUCACCAUGCACUUUAACUUUGUGUAAAGAAGAGUACCACUGUAGAGAUUAUGUACAAUAGUUCUGGUUUAAUACCCGCACGGUUUUUGAUUUUGGUGGCUCACUUCAUUAUUUGUGUUACUUUAUUAUGGAACAAGGAGGAGUCAGUGAAUGCUUGUUUAGUGGAGCAGAUGGACCUAGAGGUAGAAAAAAUUCAUGGCAGUUACCUUACACAGAUAUUUCCAUAGAACGCCCCGGAUGGACGUUUCUGUUGAUAUUGGCAGGAACGGCAACAACGAUAGGACUGUCAUUACCAGUAGGAUACAAUAUAGGCGUUGUAAAUACUCCUGCAGAGAUAAUCAAGGAAUUUUGUCGAAAUAUUAUCACAGAGAGAUUUGGAAAUGAGCCGAGCACAUACCAACUCGAAUUAAUAUGGUCAUCGAUAGUAUCCAUAUUUUUGGUUGGAGCAGCAAUUGGGUCAUUGGGAGGUUCGGUAUUGGCUGACAAGAUCGGCCGGAAAGGCGUAUUAGCAGUUUGUUCUGGAUUAGCAGCUCUUUCUGCACUAGUGUUUUUUAUAAGUCGACCAGUAAUGUCAAUAGAAUUGUUGUUCAUCGGAAGAUUAUUAGUUGGAUUUUCUUCAGGCCUUACAACUACUGUUGUUCCUAUGUAUUUAACUGAGUUAGCACCUAUUCACUUAAGGGGAUCUACGGGUGUACUAUGCCCCCUAGGAGUGACGAUAGGUGUACUGAUGGGUCAGAUUAUGUCCAUGCAUGAUAUAUUAGGUAAUAACGAUUAUUGGCCUUAUUGUUUGGCUGCAUAUGUAAUUCCUGUGAUUAUCUGCUCCUUUACACUGCCAAUAUUGCCUGAAAGUCCGAAGUACUUGUUUGUAAUAAAAAGAGAUCAACAAAGAGCCGUCCAACAAUUAAACCGUCUCAGGAAUUCAAAACAAUCUGCAGUAAAUUUAGAAAUAUUGGAACUAAAAAAAGAACAACAAGACAACGAAAAAAACACCAGGGUUGGCUGGAGUAUUGGAAAAGUUUUAGUAGAUCGUUCUUUGUUGUUACCUCUGUUAUUGGUUUGUUCUCUUCAAGCUGGACAGCAAUUAAGUGGAAUCAAUGCGGUAUUUUACUACUCCAACGCAAUAUUCAAAAAAGCGGGAUUGUCCGAUAGAGCAAGUGAACUCGGUACCAUUGGAUCUGGUUUAUGCAACAAUUUCAUGGCAUUUUUGUCAGUAUGGACAAUGUCACGCUUUAACAGAAGAUUUUGUAUACAAGUCAGCACAAUAACCUCAGCGAUCUUUUUGAUAAUUCUAGGAUUUGCAAUCAAAUAUAUUGAUUCCUAUUCAUGGGUGCCUUACUUAAGCAUAAUAGGAGUACAGGGAUAUGUUCUAUGUUAUGGAUUUGGGUUAGGACCAAUUCCAUACUUCAUAGGUUCAGAAUUGUUCGAAGUCGGUCCGAGACCAAGUGCCAUGGCGUUAGGAAGUAUGUCUAGUUGGGGCGGUAAUUUCAUAGUAGGUCUUACAUUUCCUUUGAUGCAGACCUACCUGGGAGCGGCGUCGUUUUUCAUUUUCGCACUAGUUGCUCUUGGAUUGUUCCUCUUCACUAGAUUCUAUCUUCCCGAAACGAGAGGCAAAGACAUAACAGAAGUCGUUGAGUUAUGCAACCAAGGUUUAUCAUCUCAACCGUUACAAAGAAAUGUACCUGAAAACCAAAGAAUGAAUACCAGUGGGAAUGUUUGAUAUAUGUUGUAAAAAGUCAUACACUUAUAGGUUGACUCUAAGUGUACUUAAUAUUCAAGCUUCCAUUUUUACAUAGAACCAGUGGCUUAGAUACUGAGAGAUAAUAUGAGAUGAAAUGUUUGUACAUGUAGGAUUCUGUGGAGGCAAUCUUGUUGAAUAUACACCGUUACAGAUAUACAUAGGUUCUUGAUAAAUAUGCAAAUUAUAUAAAAACAGUGUUCUUUCAGUAAAUAUGUUAAAACGCACCUGUUAAAAAUAUCUUUUUAUCUACUAUUUCUUCGAUUCUAUAUUGUUACCAGUAUACCUACAGCUGACUCUAUAUCAUUUUAUGAAUAAUAAGUAUGGCAAAUUUAAACACAAAGUAUGGCAAAGAGCGCGCCACUUGGGGAGUACCGACAGAAGUGAAUACUUCUUAUAGCGCAAUAUUACUCUAUGCAAGGUUAAUGAAAUUUUAUUUUAUUCGAUCGGCUUAGAUUCGAUUCUUUUCGAUUCGAUUCAACCCGAUUCAAUUUGAUUUAAUUUCAUAUUUUUUUAUUUAAAUUUAUUAGUUUUAUUAUUCAAGUUUACCUAAUUUUAUUUUAUUUUUCUUUAAUUUAAUUUUAUUUUGUUAUUUAAUUUAUUUUAUUUCAUACACAUAUUUUAAAAUCAAAAUUAGCCAAAUCGAUCCAAUCGUUCUAGAGUUGUUAUAACAAAAUAUAUUACUGUAUACAACAAGGUUACUGCACGCGGCUUGACUUUUCGAAUAACGUUAAAUAGGGUUUCGGGCCCUGAAAAACAUCAUACCGAGCGAUAAGAAGCUUACUUCUUCACCUCACUUCUGAAAAUCAGCUGAAUCAGUUACACUGCGGACAAUAUAGAACCCAGAAUAAAGGUUAAUAACUAAUUUCAAAAAGCACAAAUGUUGAAAAUGCUACAAAUAUUGUGUGAUACAAUCAAAUACAAAGAAAAAUGUACAAUGCACAAAAUUAAAUCGUGACUAGCGAGGAAUCGUGGAAAAAAUUAACAACCAAAAGUAUUAAUUACAUGUUUAGCUCUCUCCCUCUCUCUGUUGUUUUGUAUACUAUCUUAGCCUAUUUAUUAUUAAAAAAGUAGCUGUGACCGGUUUUUUGUUUCCUGUCCUGCCUUAUUAGAAAAUUCAAUUCUAGCUCUUUCAAACGUAAUUACACUUUUUGUCGCUUUAUUGUUUCUCUAUUGUAAAAAAUGAAAUACAUAUAAUGUAAUACACACUGUUGUAAUAUCUACAAAGUCAAGUAUCUAAAUUACUUGCAGAGAAUGUCAAUUUCCACCAUACAAUUUUGCCCCAUAUAGUUCUAUUUUAUUAUUUAAAAUACACAGUAACCCCCACUCUACUAGGCACACAGGUACAUUUAGCUAAUACAGUCAUGGACUUUUCCCUUGUUGCACUGUUUACUUUUAUGUCUAGUGAUGUCUAGAACAGAAACCAAUAUAAACAUAGAAAUUUGACAGUUUAUACAACAGUUUUAUCUGAAGUUUAUAGUUGUCAUUAAACUUGCAAAAGUUAUACAGUACCUAUUGUAAUAUUGUUGGUGUUUGAAUAAAGUUUUUUUAAAGAAGAAUAACAAUACUAUUAAUCAAUGUAUUUUUUGUAUGGAAAAUCAAUGAUUUUGAAUAGUUUUAUACGUCAUAUGACAUGACAAACAUGAAAGUCACAGGUGAGAACGGGCUGGAUUAGCCCAAGCCUAGAAGUAAGUUACCCGUGUGUCAAGUAGCGUGGCGCUUACUGUGUAUGUGAAAGGCAUUCCCUUAUACAAAGCUUCUCUAAAAACUGUCUUCUCUUAUUUUAUUUUACUCAAAGUAUUUUCUAUUUAUAAUCUUUUACAAUUUUAAAACAAUUCUCGCUUACAUACAAGCGACCGUAUUUAACGACUGGUAAUCGUAAGAUGUUUUGUAUCGUAUUUACAGUAAUGAAGUUAAUACAAAAUAAAUUGACUUUGUUUUUA